AUGGUGUUUGGAAAGGGCUCUAAGCUACGUGAAAAGAUCAAAAAGGUUGAAAAUAACUUGUCCGAGUCUUCCUCUGACGGACUGGGAAUCAAAAAGUCCAGCAUGAAGCUACCCAAAUUCAGGAGAAGUACGGAUAAUCUUUCUACAGGUAUGGAGAAUAUGCUAUUUGAUAUCUACGAGCUACAGAAAUAUGGUGAAGCAGGCCGUGUUAAGCUAUUGGCGUAUGAUCCCGUUCAAAGCUUGAUGGCAGUGGUGACAGAAUUUAAUCAUAUCUCUAUAUUCGGACAAGCCAGAGUUAGUUACACACUACAGCUCGAGACCGUCAACCCAAUUAGAGCCAUUCGCUUUGUCAAAGGUGUAUACUUGUUGGUGUUUGACACUCUGAAUACGAUCUUUGUCAUCUCGCUGUUCUCAAAAAGUGUAAUCAGGAAAAUAGUUUCAAGGAUUCCAAUCACGGCUUUUGAGACUGACUACUCAUUAGAGUUUGUGUUUGUGGGCUUGAAAAAUGGUGAUGUCAAAGCAUUCGAUAUUGAAUCCGGACGAGAAACCUUCCUUAAUAUUCCAUCCGCCCAAAGAGCCAACUUCCCUUUAAUUGCUGACCGUCACGUGUGCUGUCUUAAAAUUCAUCCUAGGGACAUAGGCACUUUACUUAUAUCUUACCCAAAGGAAACCGUUACCUACAACAUAGUCACCAAUCAAGUGAUCAAUUACUUUAUUUAUAAGUUGCAGAGAACGGCGGUUGGUGGGCCGAAUGCUGUCUACAACUAUUCCUCAGAUGGAUACUACGUGCCGAACGUUACACACUGUCUAUGGCAUCCCAAUGGCCUACAUAUUGUAACCGUUCAUGACGAUACCUCGUUGGUAUUUUGGGAUGCAAAGACUGGCGAGAAAAUCCUUGCUCGUACUUUGUUUGACAGCUACGUCGAUGCUCCUACGGGUACAGAGUGCCAUCCAGAAAAGGAUAAGAUGACUGUAAUUAAAAGUAUUCGCUGGCUUUGCGACUCGGAUCCAGAGAGAACAUCUUUGCUUAUUAUGGGAGGUGAUUCGUACGAAACAGAGGGAUAUCAUCAGUUGGUGAGAAUGAAUUUCGGCAAGAUGAUAUCGUAUUCGAUGUCCAGCUACCAACAUAUGGCAGAUUAUUAUAGCCAACCCAAACAGCAGAAUAUUUUUGCCAUCCAUUCUAAAGGGAGUAUUCAUGACUUUAUUCCUCUACCUGAGAAGUCUCCUUAUUUCGAUGGCAAUCAGAAGCCGGCAUUGGUAGCAGUAAUCAUGUCAGACGGAACUUUAAAAUUUCUCAACUAUCCUGAAGGCAGUCUUUCCUACGAGGCUCGAAGGUUUCCUUCAACUGUGUCGUGGUUAAACCCCAAAAUCACAUGUUCUUCGUCAUCAUACUUGGAUAAAAGACUACUAAACGGGAUUUUCGAAUCCUUCCCGAAAAACCUCAACAUCUUGAAAGGCGGUAUUCCUAGUAGGCCAAAAUAUAGAGCCGAUGCGGGUUCCGUCAUUAUUUCUGGGCACGAGAGUGGAUUUAUUCGGGUCUGGAAUUCUUCUGAAGGAGAUCUUAAUAGUAGUAACGUUUUGGAAAUUGACAUAUCUGCCAUAUUGCAGGACGACUCUCUUGAGUCGUCCGUGUCUGGAGUUUCGUUUGCACCAGAACAGAUGGAGAUAUCCUGCAGUUUAUUCAAUGGAGAUGUUCUUUUAUUCAGCUUUCAAGUCAACAAAUACUAUCAACCUGAGGUAGCAGCAUCGGGCUUGAUAAAUGGCAUGAAAUCUCUUUCUUUGGGGGAUCGGGCAAUAAUUGAUAUAAGUGACAGAGCACCACUAAAUGUGAAGAAAGGCUUCAUGCCGAGAUUACUAGUUAGAUCUCUACAGAACGGCAAGGUAACGUCGUUAUGCAACAGUAAUGUUGGAUUUGUUGCUAUUGGCUACGAAUCGGGACGACUUUUAGUCAUCGACAGACGUGGAGGCACGGCUAUUUUCAACGAAGUUCUUCAAGAUACUGGACUUUCCAUCCAGAUAGUACCCACUUCUAUUCAAUUUGGAUACGGUAUUACCAGUACAGACAGUGCCAAGUGCCACGUCUUGAUGUAUGUGGGUUCAAGCAUCGGAAGACUAAUCACCUACAUAUUCGAGUCAGAUAUACGCGGACGGUUUUCAGUGCACCAAGUCGAGCAGAUUGACGCGAAUGACUCGGACAUAGUGGAUAUCAUUGCAGUGAAUUCUACCACAGGUAGACCUUGCAAUCCAAAUAUGCACCAGUUGAACGGACAACCUACAGAGGCAGACCUCAGCUUUCCUUUAGUAAUCUCCACUUCUAGUUCCGAUAUUAGGGUGGUGAAAAAUAACGGUAAAAUAGCACACAAAACCUUUAAUAAGGGAGAUAUUUCUAAGCUUGGAAUAACUGGUGCUCGAAUGCCUGAUGGAAACGUUUCAUUCUGUGUGAUUUCCAUUCACGGACAGUCAAAGAAGAUAGUUGCUUUGUCACUUCCUUCGCUAUCACAACUAUGCGACGUAAGAAUUCCUUACAGGAUCGAGGGAAAGUAUGCAAAGCAAAGCUCGGUCUUACCAUUGGGAGAUGUGUUCUUGAGAAUUACAGAAACAGAAGCAGUAAUGGUCAACAUUAUGAAUUUGAGGAAGCCGAUUAGAGGCCCUACCACUGAUGACGGCUCCUCGGAUAUCCUUUUCUUGAAGAAUAUUGUGAUUCCUUGGAGGCCAACUUUCAACCAGAUGCUAAAGAAUACUCCAUCAAUCACAUACACGCAGCUUUACAAGCUUAUGAUCGGUAAAGAACGACCUAAGAACGGUACUGACGAGGAGUGCAGGUUGUCAUGGAACGUAUCACCUCACAAUCCAUUGAAUUACAACAUUUUGGGCACCAAAAAGCCUGAAUAUUACGAUCCAAAUGCUCUUCACCAGAACUUGGAAUUGAACAAAAGUCCAGAAACUGCCCAUAAAUUUGAUAGCAAUAGACAGUCUGGUAGUUGGCAGGUUUCCAAACUAAAGAAUUACGCAAAUAAAACAUGGGAAACUAAAGCAGAUAAGAUUGAGAACUAUGUCAGCGAUGCGAACGAUAAUUUCGAUAAAUUCGUUUCACAGACCAAAAAGGACAUUGUGAAAAGUAUGUUCCAGUGA